AUGCCCAUGGAUACCUCCCUCACCAACCCUUUUCCUCUCUUCUCCUUCUUCUUCUUCUUCUGCUUCCUUUUAUCAAACCCUAUUUCUCUUUUUGCUUCCUCAACAAACCAAUUCAUCUCUUGUUUAACUCACUAUAACAUCAACAACUUCACCACCUUUCCCACCAAAACAAACAACUCCUCAACUUAUUACUACGAGCUCCUGAAUUUUUCCAUUCAAAAUCUCCGGUUUACUGACACUUCGGUCCCGAAACCAAUUGCUAUUAUCUUGCCGAAGAGCGUUGAGGAAAUAUCCAACACAGUGUUGUGCUGCAGAAACUUGUCCGUUGAAAUUAGGGUUAGGUGUGGGGGACACAGCUAUGAAGGAACGUCCGCGUUCGCAAGCGAUGGAGCUUCGUUUGUAAUAAUUGAUAUGAUAAAUUUGAACGAGGUGGCGGUGGACUUGGCGUCGGAAACCGCUUGGGUUGGAGGCGGCGCAACGCUUGGCGAGACGUAUUAUGCCAUCGCGCAGGCGAGUAAUGUCCAUGGAUUCUCGGCGGGGUCUUGCCCGACGGUGGGGGUUGGCGGGCACAUUGGCGGUGGGGGGUUCGGGUUGUUGUCGAGAAAAUAUGGGGUUGCAGCUGAUAAUGUGGUGGAUGCUCUGCUUGUUGAUGCAAAUGGAAAGUUAUUGGAUAGGGAAGGCAUGGGAGAAGAUGUGUUUUGGGCCAUUAGAGGAGGAGGUGGAGGAGUUUGGGGCAUUGUUUAUGCUUGGAAAAUAAAAUUGGUCAAAGUGCCACAAACUGUGACAAGUUUUAUCAUUUCUAGGCCAGGCAUGAAACACCAUGUUGCCAACUUAGUAAACAAAUGGCAACAAAUAGCGCCCAAAUUGGCUGGUGAAUUUUACAUAUCAUGUUUUGUGGGAACUGGAUUGCCCGAGGCUGAAGAAAUCGGGAAAUUUUCAGCUACAUUUAAAGGGUUUUUUCUUGGUGCAAGAAAUGAAGCUUUAUCAAUUAUAAACCAAGUUUUUCCUGAGGUGGAACUUGGAGAAGAAGAUUGCAAAGAAAUGAGUUGGAUUGAGUCAAUUUUAUUCUUCUCUGGGUUAAGUAAAGGAAGCUCAAUUUUAGACUUGAAAAACAGGUAUUUACAAGACAAGAAUUACUUCAAGGCCAAAUCAGAUUAUGUCAAAACUCCAAUUUCAGCCACGGGGAUAAGUUCAUUACUAGAAAUUCUUGAAAAAGAGCCAAAAGGGUAUGUGAUUUUAGACCCUUAUGGUGGAAUUAUGGAGAGAAUAAGUAGUGAAGAAAUUGCAUUUCCUCACAGGAAAGGCAAUUUGUUUACAAUUCAAUAUUUGGUGGCAUGGUAUGAAGAGGACAAUGACAAGAGCAAGAAAUACAUUGACUGGGCAAGGGAAUUUUAUAAUGAAAUGACACAAUUUGUGUCAUGGGGGCCAAGGUGUGCUUAUAUUAAUUACAUGGAUACUGAUUUGGGAGAGAUGGAAUUGAUUAAUUCUAGUGUUCAAACUGAGGAUGCUGUGGAAAUUGCCAGAGUUUGGGGUGAAAAAUACUUCUUGAAAAAUUAUGAUAGAUUGGUUAAAGCUAAAACGAUUAUUGAUCCAAACAAUGUGUUUAAUAAUCAACAAGGGAUUCCUCCAAUGUCUAAUAAUUUUGUGGGGUUCAAAGGCAAGAGCGAUGACUGAGCUAGCUACAGAUCAAUUAUAUAAAUAUGUGUACUUCCUGUGUAUGCCUUUGUUUAGCCAA